AUCGUCCGGUAGAAAGACCAAAUCGUUCUGUGCCGCUCGUCCUCUCCCUCACCUCAUCGUGCACUAACAUGUUGCAUCGUCCUUCAAGAUGUUGUCGUCCUUCAAGUCAUACUAAUGUAGCUUUUCCUCCUGCUGUAAUGGUGUACAACAUAACACGCCGUCGCCAUUGAGAAGUAUAGUACUUUAAGAGCUAAUGAUAACAGGAACACUCUUUUUCCCCAUUUUUCCUAUACAUUUAGACAUUCGUAUUCUUUAUUUUCUUACCCCAAAUGAUAUAAAGUAAAAUCGCACCUCCUGCUCAUGAUUUUUACGCGUUAGCAGCGACUUUCAAAAUUUCUCUGACCCGAUCAUGCACUCGGAUAUUUCCGGUUUUCCCGGCUGUUGCACAUUUGUAGGUGGUUCCGCUCGACAUAUUACUACAGUUGCAGGGCGAUAGUUUUCCGAUCGACCAGGAGGUGUCAGCAUGCCGCUUUGCUGCUGCGGCGGAUCGGGACCCCGGUCUGGUGCUCUGGCGCCAGCCGAGCUGGAGCGGCGAAUCGAGCUUCUGAAAGGGGUAAAAUUGUUCGCGAACAUGCACCGCCAUGAGCUCGAGCAUGUAGCGAGCGUGCUUACCGUUCGGCGCUUCCGGAAGAACGCCGCCAUAAUCCGAGAAGGCGCUAAAGGUGCGGACUUCUUCAUAAUCGACAGCGGUGAGGCACUGGAGGUUGACGUCAUCGAUGACGACGAAGAGGAGGAGGAAGCGGGCCCCCUCGAUGCUAUCAGGGCCUCCCUCUUUGGCGCUCUGAGUCAAAACAGUCCAGUGGACAAAACGAACGCUCCAAAUGCAGCACAGGUUGAAAAAACAGAAACGCCUCCGCCGCAGUUACAACAAAAUCAACAGACGAAGAAUGGUGAAAAUAAUAAAGCUGCGGUGGACCUUCACAUAAAGCCAGGUGGUUGUAAAGAACUACACCAUGCGCACACGCAUGUGGAGAAGAUGCAGUUCGGUCCCGGCUCCUACUUCGGCGAGCGCGCGCUGCUUCGACCAGAGAGCAAGAGAAAAAUUAGCGUUAAAGCACUGACACAGUGCAGAACGUACAUGCUGCACGCGGACGACUUUCGCACGGUCAUACACGAACGGAAUGUGCGAGAAGAGCUGGUCCGAGGCUGUCACUUGUUCGAAACGUGCAACGAAAAGGAGGUUGCGGCCAUCGCCGGGGCCUUGCAGCGGGAAAGCUAUUCCGCAGGGGACUCUGUCCUGCGCCAAGGAGGGGUGGCAGACUGCAUGUACAUAGUGGAAAAGGUAGAGCCGUUUUUUUUUUCAGCACUUGAAUUUCUUUUGUGGCAUAGGUUUUCAUGGUCAAGCAAGCUACAGAGCAGCAUUUUUUUACUCGUUCUAAUUUCAACCGUUGCCGAUAAAACAAAAACACAUCUUCAGGGCGAGUGUGUCGCUUCAAUCCAGGCGGAGGACGGGGUCUCCAGCGACGUGGCAACCUACACGUCCGGCGGGUUGUUCGGCGAGCGCGCGCUGUUAGAGAAGGACGCGAAGCGCGCCGCUUCGAUUCGCUCGAGCACGGAGUCGCUGCUUUUACGGUUGGAUCGGAGUGACUUCGAGGGCAGACUAGGGUCCUUGGAAAACCUGCACGCGCAACACUACCUGACCGACCCGCGGCGGCUGCUCGCGGAUUUCUACGCGUGCGGCGGGACCAAGGGGCCCAAGGGGUGCUACAAGUAUGAGCCCUCUCUGCGAGGCACCGGGUUUGACCCGGUCGACAAAGCGGUGCCGGCCAGCGAACCGAAGACGGAGUGGAUCGUGAUCUACCGUCCCUGCAGCCGGGACUCGAUCGCGAAGAUGCUGGGGCGCGUGGGCGUGGGCAAGGGCCUGAACGUGAAGGGCAAGAGCGCGAAGAAAAAUCGGCUGAGCGGGUUUGUGCCCUUCAUCCAGAUCUCUGACAACGCGCACAAAGCCCGCGUCGAGCCCGCGCCGCCGCGGAGCCGCAUCCACAUUUUUUACCGGUCCGCGGAGGACCGGGCUGCGGCGGAGUCCGCCAUGCACGCGCUCCUUCACGAGCCCGAUUUCGCCGCCAAGCUCGCCAAGGCGUUCCGGCCGGCGGGAGGAAGUUCCUCUUCUGCGGGGGGGAAUAAUAAAGACACGGGCGCGUCGAAGGACACGAAUGCCUCGGGCAACAAUGCAGGGGCGGGGUCCACCUCCCCCUCUUCUGACAAAGACAAAUCAGCUACUGUCGACGUGAUGGCCUUGGUUCGCCAUUUGGACGACUAUAUCGAGUGCUCCAGCGCGUAUGGACUCGACGUGCCGGAGCUGCUGUUGCGGGAGGUAUACAUAGAGCGACACGACAUCAGCCCCAUGCUGGGUUGGGAGACGGGCAGAGUAUCGGAGCCGGCUUUCAUGGAUAUGAACCUCCAUGCAGUGCGCGACCCGCAAGGACUGCCGCGGUAAGAUAUGAUAGUCUUAUGUGAAAAUCACGGUUUUUCCUUUGAAGUUCGAGUUUCACAAUCUCUCUUUUGGGUUUCUGUGACUGUGUCGCUUUUUUUUUUAUAUUUCGAUUCGUCGAGACUUUCCUGUCUUGCGAUAUUCACGAUCAAACAUGUUGUGUUUACAUACGACGUAUCUGAGUCUGAUGCGUGAUGAAGACGUAGAUGAUCAAAAAACACUCGCACAGUGCCUGCGUUUUGCAGCAUGACCUGGCGGACCCGCUGAACCCCUUGGGAUUGCUCGUCGCCUAUGAAGAAGCGUGUGUCCACCCGGUGGUGAGCGACUUUGACACUCUCUUGAUCGCUUCUCGGGGUCCCAUCAGCUACGACGCUUUGCCUGCCAAGCAGGUGGAGCUGCAGAAGUGGUGUCUGCAGCAAACGCGGCAGCUACUCGAAACGCAGGCGGCGGACGACGCGGCCGGGCGCACGUGCAAGAGCUGGACCUCCAACUGGCUGCAGGUUUUGACCGCCGCUUGCGAACAGGGGAACUUCAAUCCGGGGCUGCCCACCUACGGCUUCGGGGACCCGACAUCCAUCGACAUCAUCGCGAAGACGGUGGCCGCAAUGGCGGAGUGCGGCGCCGUACGGCACGGCGCCGAGUGCUUUAACUUUCUGUUUCCGCAGGAGCAAGACGACCAGUAUCUCGUGAUCUGGGACAAAGAUGGAGGAGACAACAUCACGGACGGCGCGAAGACUUCUGCCGCUGGGACUACAGCUCCCGCAUCGGGGAUACCAACGUCACAUCAAGGCGGCCCACCGAGCAGGACCAAGCUAUGCAUUGCAAAAGCAUCGCACUAGUAUAAAUCGCAAUACAAAUCUUCUCAGAAGGAAAAAUGAAGUUUGUAAUGCUGAUUUGGCUAACAAACAAGAUUUGUCAUGCAUCAUUGCAAUUAAUACGAGUGCGAUAUUUUUGCAGAGCAUACAAGCCGACGAAAAGCAAGUCCUGGUUUUCGGUCACCGAGCCGGAGUUGCGGGCCUUUUUGGCCGACCGCGUCGCGGACGGGUUUGUGUUCCCUUUGAAUCCCGCUUGGCCCGCGCGGGACCCGGUGGCCUGGGGCCCAAUCUGGCGGGCGCUGCAGGGGAGCGAGGCCGCGCAACAGGCGAACCAGUCUUGGUACAGGCAGGAGAUCGUCGACAUUGUUGAGGAGCUGAUGAAAACGUAUCCCGAGGGGUUUCGCUCCGCCACGUCUGCGGCCAACGCGGAGAAAGCAACCGGUUCGGCGGCCCCAGCGGGGGUGCAAGACGCCUCCGCGGGGGCACGACCGUCCCAGACAGCCCGAGACGAGGACCGGCAAGGGGACGAGGUGGCGUCGAUGGUACACCACCACAUGCAGAUGUCCCGGCAAAAACGGAUGAAGCGCAUCCGCACGCAGUUGCUCAUCGCGCUGCGGCAAAAGGCGGCGGCAGAUGCUGCACGGGAGAGGGCGGGAGCGGGGGCGCAGACGUGAGUACCUAGAACUCGAUAGAGAGCAAUCGAAUCACACGAGUUGCUUGACCGGGAACGGCGCAAGAGGGGAGGCAAAAGUGCGGUGUUGCUUUUUUAUUUGAAAAGUAUGCAUUGUGUGUGUGCGUGUUCUUCGAACACGAGAUAAGCAACGUCAAAUCUAGCCACGUCUCACGGUUGCUGUCGCAGCGGACGUGAGAAAAGAUCGUCUGAUUCAAAACCCAGAAAAAUUUUCAAUUUUCCGGCAUGGCUGUUCCAUGUUUUUCUUUUUCUCUCGUGCAGAACCAAC